ACGAUUUGGUAUUUUCCAAGUGAAAUUUGUUUUCUUCUUGCAGUUAUUUAAGCAUUCCCAUGGCUCGCCCUACCGAUUCUAUGAAGGACAUCGAAGGAUUUGUGGAAGAUUGCAGUUAGUUGUAAGCAUAUAUGGUCUGUAACAAGUUCUUCCAACAAAGAACGUUUUAGUUGAUUCGAAGGUGGUAUUUUAUUCCCAAAUUCUAUUGUUUUUGUCUUACACACUGUGUUCUGCCUUAUUUCUAACAAAUAUUAUUUCUGUUUUUUUAAGCAUGAUAUGAUUCAAGCGAUUGUACCUACUUAUUUGGUUUUCAAAUUCAAGUCCGAACUAUCAGCUGGAAGUUCUUAUAUCAUGCAGAAUUUCAAAGUUUCGAAAAAUGACUUCUCUUUUAAGUCGACGAAUCAUUCUUACAAAUUGGUUUUAUGUGGAUCAACUUCUGUUAAGAAAUCAGACCUUCCUGACCUUCCUGCUUAUUACCUUAACCUUCUUGGAUGGGAUGCCAUAGUUGAAGGAAGGUUUCAGUCUAAUGUUUUGGUUGAUAUCCUUGGAGGUAUUAUUGAGAUUUCUCAAUCUCAAAUAAAUGGUGACAAUCUCAAAUAAAUGGUGACAACAACAAGAACAGAGUUGUUUUUACCAUUGUUGUUUUUGUAUGCAUGUACUGCCGACUCAGGCUCCACCAUUCUUGAUGAUCAGGUAGGAAGAGCUUUUGUUGCGGCAAACUGUAAGGCUUCCUUCUAUAAGGAAGCCUUGUAUGUGAGAGGUGCACACAUAUGCUUGA